GGCGCUACUCCGCAGUACAGCGGGAGGUGGAAAUAAAGUCUUUCACCGAGUUUGUGCCGAACGUUUUUAACGUCUGGCUGUAGAAGUUGUCACUUUACUGUUAUGGAACUGGACAAAAUGGACGAGAGUGACUGGAAGUAUCACGGAGAGGGCAACAAAAGCCUGGUGGUUUCACACGUCCAGCACUCCAGGGUCCUGCGUCUCCUCAAGUACUCAGCAGACGACUCUGAAAAUCCACCCCAGAGUCCUGAGCAGGCCUUCAGACAGAUCCAGAACAUUGCUGACUUCAGUAACAACGUGAUGAGCAUCGUGCUGGGAGCCAAGUUCAUCCACAGUGGAGAAGUGGUCAAACUACCUCUAGAAUUUGUCCGACAGCUGUCAAUCAAGGUUCAACAUCAAAGACCAGAGUGGCGUUGUAACAAGGUGAUGGAUAUCUACAGCGGAUAUGCUCUUUGUCUGCCCAACCUCACGUCCCCCCCAGUUCAGCAUUUAUCACACACGCCCCCACUCUGCAUAGAGAUCAAGCCUAAAUGUGGUUUCCUGCCUUCCUCCAGAAACGUUAGCAAAGACAUCAAAACCAAAAUGUGUCGCUUCUGCAUGCAUCAACACUACAAGGUGGCCAAUGGCAGAUGGAAGAGGCCAAGUCUCUACUGUCCUCUGGAUCUCUUCUCAGGGAACAAGCAGAGAAUGUACCUGGCCAUCAGACACCUGAUGGAUGAACCACAGAAUAACUUCAAAAUCUUUAAGGGAGGAGAGUGUAUAUAUGGAGGGAAGGAGGAUAGUGAAGACUUGGUGGACCUCAGCUCUCUGUUGCUCCAUCUCAGGCCUUACUUUCAGUAUGGAACCAGCCGGAUCAACGCUCAUCUGACCAACAAGGCUCUGCUCAACAACUUCAUCCAGGUGGUGGUGAACGCCCUGCUGAGUAGUGGAGGACAGGCGGAGGGAGAGGGGAAGAGAGCUCUCCUCCUUCCAGAAGGGAGGAGCAUCUGUGAGGCCAGCCUCCUCAGCAGGGAGCUGAUCCGCUCGGGUCCUCAGGGUCUGCCCAGGGACAGUGUUCUGGGUAGGAUUUUACAGACUCAGAUGUUGGACAGCCUGGAUAUUGAAGGAUUGUUUCCUUUGUACCGCAGAGUUGAGCAACACCUCCUGCACUACCCCAAGGAGAGGGGUCAUUUUCAGACAGAUGGUCCGUACAACCAGGCCUUCCUGGACAAGCUGCAGAGCUGUCCAGCUGAGGAUGAUGGAUCCAUAGAUUAUGCUGUCACCAAGGUCCAUCAGUACCGUGUUGCCAUGACGGCCAAAGACUGCUCCAUCAUGGUGGCUCUGGUGCCUUGCAGUGAGGAAGAGGAUGAUGAAGGUCUAUCCAGUCAGGAGUUCCACUCCUCUAGACCUCCCGGGGUCUCUUUCUCUGUCUCCAUCCUGGACCUCGACCCAAAGCCGUGGGACAGCAUUCCUCAGCAGCACCGCCUGGAUCAGAAGAUUGUCUCUUACUACCUUAGGACCAGAGGUGCCUUGCCCAAGGACUCAAUGCCGCCAUGCCAGAGUCUCUACACAGCGGUGGACAGAGAGAGGGAGGACUGCAUGCUCCUCUUCCACCCUGUUUGAGUUCAACCAACCCUCUGAAGUAGAGCAGCACUACGCCAGGCCUGAGAUUAAGUCUGAAUAGGACAGGGAGAACAGACGCCAUGUUGGUGCUUCAGUUCUAGAGUCAAUAUGCCGGAGGUCUGCUGUCCAACACUGACACCUCCCGUCACUAACUAAACUAAUGGACUCUUUGAAGUAGAGAUACAGCAGUACUAAAUGAGUUUCAGAGCUGUGGCGCUAACAUGGCGGCUAACGGUUAGCAGAAGAGUAAGCGUGCGGCGAGCACUCCGCUGGGCUGUCCUGGGCUCAGACACAAGCUUGACUGUUGUAUAGAAUCUCUCUCCUCUUCUGCGGUUUUUAUAGUUAUUGGAAAUUAACUGGGCUUCUUCUUCAUUUCCUUUAUUUUGGUGAUGGGUUGCAGUUCACUUCCUGGAUGGUUAGCGUUGCCGUGUGAACGACCCCUCCCCCAAAUCUUACCACUCCCUUUUAAUUUAUUUUUUAUUUUUUUUGCCUUUAUUCUCCAUGGCAACGCUGCUGAGAGCAAUUCAUCCUUGUUUCUGGUGUACUUCUGAUGUCAUAUCCACAUGAGUUGGAGUGAAUGUAGGUGAAGAGAGGGGCGAGGAGUUCGGGUGGUCUUCAUCUCUUCUCUGGAACACGACAGGGAAGAUGGUUGGAGUGAAUGUAGGUGAAGAGAGGGUUGAGGAGUUCGGGUGGUCUUCAUCUCUUCUCUGGAACACGACAGGGAAGAUGGUUGGAGUGAAUGUAGGUGAAGAGAGGGUUGAGGAGUUCGGGUGGUCUUCAUCUCUUCUCUGGAACACGACAGGGAAGAUGGUUGGAGUGAAUGUAGGUGAAGAGAGGGUUGAGGAGUUCGGGUGGUCUUCAUCUCUUCUCUGGAACACGACAGGGAAGAUGGUGGCUUUCAGAACGCCGCCAUGGUCACAUGAACAACUUUAUAAAUAUGGUUACUUAGCAACCUCUGUGUGUGUGUGUGUGUGUGUGUGUGCGCGCGCGGGGGGGGGGGGGGGACGACGACUGCUGGUUGCUAUUUGUGGUUGCUUGUGUGAUUGUGUGUGACACUAGUCACACAAGUGGACUCCUGCUGUGACCCACAAUGCUUUGCUUUGACUGCAGGUGUUUUUAGGAGAUGAGCUGGUGUCUGGAUGAGCUUGUUGGUGUUUGUGUGCUGAGCAGAUCUCAGUACAUCUCCUCUAUGGAAACGCUGCACCUCCCCUGACUCCUCCCUCUGACCCCCUUGCCAGUCCCACUGGGGUUUGGAGGUCAGACUGGUUUGGAGUGGUCAGACGUCUGUUUGAGUAGAUGUGGACCAGGUCUAGACAGGAAGAUGAGUUCCUGCCCUAUAGACUGGCUCCUCUAGAUUGUUGAGGUUGUAUUUUAUGGCUCCUGUUUCCAUUCAGCUUAGUCAGCUGGAUCUGUCAAACUGAGUUCACCUGAUCAGACUUCUGCCAGCUCUCUUUCACCCACUGGUCCUGGCUCAGGUCUUCCUAUUUCAGUCAAACUAAUUAAGGUUUAAUCAAAAAGACAUGCAUGUUAGGGUUAACACUCCUGUCUGUGCCCCUGACUGAGGCAUGGCAAGACGAACUGGAGAUGGUCCCCGGGUGCUGCACAGCGACUGCCCACUGCUGCUCGCUACACAGCUGGGAUGGUUACAUGCAGAGUGAAGUUCAUUUGUAUGUAUGUACAGAAUGACUAAUAAAGAGUAUUCUACUCUAUUCUAUUAAGUAAGUCCUGGUAGGAUCAGUGGACCGGUCAGGUUCAGUGUAAACAGGUCCCAUGUGACCAGCUGCACAGCACAGUGUGGAGCAGAGGUCCAGCUCUGUGUACCGUCUACACAUGUAGACAGACAGACACACAAGUAGAGAGACAGAGGGACGGACUCAGUGUUUGGUGGCAUAAGCGACUUCUGGUUGAUGCAUCUUGACAGCGGUGUCAGGUGUGUGUGUGUGUGUGUGUGUG